AUGGCAGACGAUUUGCAGAACUACAAACUGCAACUGCAGCAGGUCGAAGCUGCUCUGCUUACCGAUCCGGAGAAUGCGGAACUGCUCAAGCUGAAGGAAGAUCUCAACGAGGUGAUCGAACUGACAAAGGAUCUGAUCAAGGCGCAGCAGGAACCGGAACAGAAGAAAUCGGCGUACAUUGAGCCGGCUACCAGCAGCUACUACGAUGGCGUCUCGGGAGCGGACAAAAAGCAAACAAAACCAGCCAAGGUAUGGAAGGUGGGUGAUAAAUGUUCUGCUAAGUGGAUUGAAGACGGUCAGUACUAUGAUGCUACCAUAGAGUCGAUUUCGGAAACCGGAGAGGUGAGCAUCGUGUUUGAGGCGUACCAAAACCGGAGCAACACUACCAUUAGCGAGCUGAAGGAACCAAAGUUACGGAACGAAGUUUUUCCCGCCAACAGUAACAAACGCUUGCGACACAAUCAGAAGGAAUAUCUGAAGAAAAAGAAAAUGAAAAAAGUUCAGCGAUUCAAGGAGCUUGAGGAAGAACGCGAAUGCGAGAAGAACAAGUGGCUCCAGUUUACUGCAAAAUCGACGAAAAAAUCGGGUGUGAAGGCGAAAAGUAUUUUUGCUUCGCCAGAAAAUGUUAAUGGUCGGGUCGGUAUCGGUACGUGUGGUGUAUCCGGUAAACCGAUGACCGAGUUUUCACAUGGAGAGAAGUAUAGGAAAGGUGUGUAA